UGUUCAAGAAAACAAUUUGCGAAAAAAAAAACCUCGGAGUUUCUCUUUUGAUCAUCACAUUCAUUCGAUCUCUACCAAGCCAAAACUCGAAUACCCUUUUGCCGAAAAGCCCCCAAAAGAAGAAAUUUCCUGUUUUUUGAUCGUUCUUCGGUUGGCAAACAGUGGUUUCCUUUCUGGGUUGUUUCUGUUUUUCUGGGUUUUGCUUUGUCGCGGUGAUUAUGGGAAGUUCGAGAAGAAGAGGACAAGGCGUUUUUGCUGAUCAAGAAGGUUAUAUGGUGAGAUCAAAAAAUUACAGAAGAUCAUCUCAAGAAACUUGGCAAGUGCCUUCAUGGGAAAAGAAAUUCUGCUUUUCUGUUGGUUCAGUUCCAUGGGGAAAGCUCUUGGAAACCAAGAAGUAUAUCUAUCUCUACGACAGCGUCGUUAAGUGGAAUGAUUCUGCUGGUGAAGAGGCUUUCAACAAUGCGAAGAGCAGGUUUUGGGCGAAGAUCAAUGGCCUUCCAUGUGACAUAUCAUCGCCUGAUCCAGAUAUCUACAUUGAUGACAUAGACUGGGAUGCCAGCAUUGAUCCCGAGCUCUUUUUGGACUUGGAAAGAGAGCCUGAACCCUCCGAUGAAAGUAACCAAGGUGAGAGGGUUCUGAUUCUAGGUGAUUCCCACAUCGAUCAGCCCUUUUCGUGCACUGGAUGGGGUGACGCCGAAGAGGUUUUUCAGAAAGGUAACGAAGCUCAGAACCCUGGAGGAACUGAUGAUCAGAAAAAUCCGUGGGAACAGAGUUGUGAAUGGGGAAACAAAGACAUUAGGGGUGAUCAACAAGGAUGGGGUCACAACUCGAAUGGAUGGGGUAAGGGGUUCGAUCACUGGGGGAACAACUAUGGCAACUCAGGAAGAGUUUAUGGAGAUCAUUGGGGAACAUUGGGCACACAUAAUUGGAACAAAGAUGGCUCUGGUUGGAACAAUUCAAGGUAUAAAGCCUCGAGAUUUCCCGGUGAUGACUAUCGGACGGCGGAUCAUGGGUGGAGAGACAGUUCAGGAAGAAGGAAAGGGGUGAAUGUUGCAUAUGAGAAACACGCUUUGAGGCAGUGGAACGUGAAAUCCUCCGCUCCAGUCGUGUAGAUGCUGGAGCAAGUCAGUUUUGCAAAGAGGGUAACAACACAUUUUCGAUAUAUUGGAUUUGUUUUACAUUCUUUGGUUGUUUAGUACAGAAAAAAAAAAAAAAAGGAAGUGGUAAUAUAUAGAAGUUUUGAGCAAGUUUAGGAAAUUAUAUAUAAGCUUGUUGGCAGACUCCACGGCAGGCAAUUUUGGUGCUUCAUUUUUUUUGUGUCGGUUGUAGAAUAUGAUACGACGACAAUUAUUUUAUUGCUAGUGAGUAUUGUAUUUAUUUAUUUAUUUUUAUAAAUUCUACUACGCGUUAUGUAAAUAUUAGAGUGUGCAGAACAAGCAUGUAAUGGGAUACUUGGUAAAGUAAUGAAAGUAUAUAUUUUGCCCCAA